UUGAAACUCCAGGCUGCACUGUGAUUGGCCAGGCACACUCCGGGUUAGGCUGCUUUUCUUUUCCUUCAGUUACUGAGCUGUCGAGCUGCAUUGAUUCACCUAGAAAAGGUUGCUGUAACACAAUGGUCAUGAAACUCGGUUACUGGGAUAUUCGUGGGCUGGCUCAGCCCAUUCGACUGCUCCUGGAAUACACCGGGACCCAGUAUGAGGAGAAGCUCUACUCCUGCGGAGAAGCUCCAGACUACGAUAAGAGCUGCUGGUUUGAUGAGAAGCCCAAGAUUGGAAUGGAUUUUCCCAACCUCCCCUACUUGAUGGACGGCGACCACAAGAUCUCCCAGAGCAACGCCAUCCUGAGGUACAUCGCACGCAAGCACAGCAUGUGUGGCAAGACGGAAGAGGAGAUGAUCCGGGUGGACAUCUUGGAGAACCUGGCCAUGGAUUUCCGGAACGGCUUCGUGAUGCUGUGCUACGGCCCUGACUAUGAGAAGAGGAGGCCGGGGUAUGUGUUGCAGCUGCCUGCGAUGCUGAAGCAGUACUCCCAGUUCCUGGGGGAUCGGAAGUGGUUUGCAGGAGAGAAUAUCUCGUUUGUGGACUUCAUCAUGUACGAGCUCUUGGACCAGCACCAGAUGUUCGAACCCAAAUGCUUGGAUGAAUUCAAGAACCUGAAGGAAUUCCACUGCAGGUUUGAGGAGUUGGAGAAGAUUGCAGCCUUCAUGAAAUCCAAGAAUUUCAUAAAGACCCCGGUCAACAACAAGAUGGCUCAGUGGGGCGGCAAGAAGGAAUGAAAGCCGAACCUCGCUGGAGAUCAAGCCCAGUGUAGAGAACGAGCGAGGACAGCCUCCUCACUUCACACUGGAAACUGGGAGCGUUUCACUGGAGUUCCAAUCUGUAUGUGUCGACCAGCACUGGAGAAUCUCCUGUCCUGAAUAACUCCAAAUAUUGUGAAACAAAACUUAACAAUAAAGACAACUGUGUGAAACGA